AGAACAAUAUGACAGUUUCUUGCUUGGGCUCGGGAGGUCAGUGAUCUUCCUCUGCAUCUGAUUUGGAGAAGCCCAAGUUCGAGCUGGGGUCAGGAUCUAUUUAAAUUUAAAGAGUAGGGAAUUUCUAUGUACAUGUAAGCAUCUUGCCAAGUCUGAACUCAACAUUCUGAAGAUGUCUACCAACUUCAGGCUGAUACGUUGCUUUUGUUACGGGAUAGCAAUCUCUUCCCUCAUCUGGCUCGUACUGAUCUACAAUUUCCUUAGUGAUGUUGGCAAAGAUGCCCCCGAUGGGCUACCAGGGGGAAAGUACAACCCCGGGAGAGUGAAGAUGAUCCCAAGACAUAGAGGCGGUGUCAGGCCUCCUCUUGGAGUGGUAGGGGGUGUCGUGGAGGACAAUGAUCAAUGGAGGCUGAAUAACUUAGUUGUGCAGGAUGGAGGCGGUAAUGACUUGAAUGCCUUGAGAUUUAACCCCAAAGUUUUCAAUUCCAAGGAUGCAGUCUACAAAAGAGAAGGAAAGGCAGUCAGAUCAAGACAGAAGUUUAAAGCAGAUUCUCCAGGUGAAUGGGGUGAUGAUGAGCUUGGUUUGGUGAGGACAGAUGAAGAGAGGGCGAUAAGAGAUCGUGGUUACCGACAGCAUGCCUUCAAUGAACUCAUCAGCCAACGGGUCGGCUUACACAGAAAUGUCACCGACACAAGAAAUCCAUUAUGCAAAUACCAGGUAUAUUCUGAAGAGCUCCCUACAACAAGCGUUGUAAUCUGCUUCUAUAAUGAGGCUUGGUCCACCUUACUGCGGACAGUCUACAGUGUUCUUGACCGUACCCCCAGGAGGCUCGUCCAUGAGAUCAUUCUCGUUGAUGACUUUAGUGAACUCACUCACCUUAAGGCAGAACUUGAUCAGUAUAUGGCAGAGAAUUUCAAUGGCCUGGUGCGUGUCGUCCACAAUGAGAAGAGGGAAGGACUGAUCCGUGCAAGGACCAUUGGAGCAAGACAUGCAACGGGGGAUGUCCUCAUGUUCUUGGACAGCCACUGUGAGGUGAAUGAGCUCUGGUUGGAGCCCCUGCUAGAGAGGAUCAAAACUGAUCCACAUACCGUAGUCUGUCCCAUCAUCGACAUCGUCAGCGCUGACACGUUCGCCUACACUGGGUCUCCGCUUGUCAAAGGGGGUUUUAACUGGGGUAUGCACUUCAAAUGGGAGAGCAUCAGGCCUGGAAAGCUUGCUGGUAAAGAAGAUUAUGUGAAGCCAAUAGAGUCUCCUACGAUGGCUGGUGGUCUUUUUGCAAUGAACAGAGAAUACUUUCAUGAACUAGGAGAAUAUGAUGAGGGCAUGGAUAUAUGGGGUGGAGAGAAUCUGGAAAUCUCAUUUAGGAUAUGGCAGUGCGGUGGAAAACUGGAGAUAGUUCCAUGCUCUCGGGUCGGCCAUGUUUUCAGAAAACGUCGACCUUAUGGCUCUCCAAGUCGGCAGGACACGACGACUAAAAAUGCUGUCAGAGUCGCUGAAGUCUGGAUGGAUGAGUAUAAGGAGCAUUUCUACAAUGUCCAGCCCAGGGCCAGAGAUAUUGCCUACGGGGACAUCUCAUCUCGUCUGGCGCUGCGGGAGAAGCUCAACUGCAAGUCCUUCAAGUGGUACCUGGAUACUGUUUACCCAGAGAUGAGGACACCCGAUGAUAAGAAGGGCAAAUCAGAUGGGGUGUUAGGGGGAGGGGCUCAGAGGAUUGAAAGGAAAGCCGCACCAACAUCACUCCGCAAGGGGAAGCUGAAGCAUGUUUCUACUGGCCUAUGUCUGGUGCCUAAUACAGUUGAGUUAGUUAAAGGAACAGAGCUUAUCCUUGGAGGGUGUGAGUACCUGGGUAGCUCCAAGACAAAGACGUGGUACCAAACUUCUGUGGAGGAACUGAAGCUGGGUGAUGCCAUCUGCAUGGACAUGAUGGAGGGCAACCCUGCUUCCACUCCUCAACUACGCAAGUGUGAUGGUAUGGGGGGCUCCCAACGCUGGCGUAUCAAGAAUAAGAAAAUAUACCAUCCUGUUACCGGUCAGUGCCUGAGCAUAAAGGAGUUUGGCAGUGUACAGAUGGCCCACGUUGAUAUCUGUAGUGACGACCCUAUGCAGGAAUGGGAAUACCAAGCACACAGGUGACACAGCAAUAAUGAAAGAAGGUCACAAGUCACAAACUUUCAAUUUUGAGCCAUGGUAGGAUGAAAAGUAAUAAUAAUGGUGAUGAUAAUCAUGAAUGGAAUAUUUAAUAAUCUAGAGUGUGAUGUAUUUUUGAGGGGUAAGUCAGCUCUGAUUCUAAGCUGAAGCUGGGGCCCGUAACACAGAGGUUUAUAGUGGGUCGCAAAUAUUAUGAAAGAACAAUUCUGAUUGGUUCCUGGUCAGUGUUUAGAAUGAAAUGUGCAUGGGAGAAUGCUCUUGAUUGGCCUUUGCGAUCUAGCUAAAGAUUACAAUAUUUUGUGUUAUGGAGCUCCAAUGCUGUUCUUAUUUUGCCAUGAAAGACAGCAAACCAUUAUUGAAUUUUGAGGUGGUCAGUAAAUAUGGUAGCCAGGUAAUACCUACAUGUAUUAAUUCAUCACUUUAUCAUAGCAUUUAUUUUUUUAGCAAUUGCUGACAAGUGAGUGAUGUCCCCAAAAUAAAACUUAACA